CGACUCAUUGCCCACCGCGCACUCGCUACAAAACGACGUGUCGCGUUUAAACCGAAUAACCGUUAAACGUUAUCGAUAACUGUUCGGCGCAUCACUGUUUUUGGCGCGCGUUCCUUUUUCGAAAUUUGAACUUGACAGUUGCCGGCCGAUGUGUGCGUGAGUUUAUGAACAAAAUGAUAAAUGUUUUUCAAAAGACAGAGCAUUUUUUGUAUUUCGCUAUAAAGUAGUUUGUGUUAUAAACGAGUUUGUUGCGGUUUCUAGAAGUUAUACAGGUCUCGAAUCUCCAAGAUGUAUGCUCUCCUAAUAUUCGCUCUCGUAGCGGGCUGCCGGGCCGCUAAUGUCAACAAACAUAUGAGAUUGCUCACAGAGCUGGACAACAACAUUGAUCCUAAUUUAUUACCGCUCCGCGCGCCUCGCAGAUUCCUCGCCAUUACCAAGGUACCAGCCGCAGUAACGGGGCACCAAGCGGGUACCACCGUGUCUUUAUUAUGUGAGGCAUUCGGGGCGCCCGCACCUACAAUACGCUGGUUCAAGAACAAUCAGCCGGUUUAUGAGUACGACCAAGAAUCCAAUGAGAUUUUCGACACGAACCCCACCUCACUGGCCCGGGUCUCAUCUACACUGCUGGUGUCCCGGACCGCGGGCCGCGACGAGUACACCUGCGUCGCGGCGGCCGGCGCUAAGACGGAGAGAGUCCACAGCGUCGUUUAUAGCACAGAUGGCAGCACCGACUUAAUACCAGACCGGGCGCGACUCAUACCACUCGCCCCACAAAUCCUCGUCUCAUACAAGGUGUUCAUGGACCUCAUCGGCAACAACGUGGUGCUCCCGUGCCACGCGAAGGGGCACCCGCGGCCGCGCGUCACGUGGGUGAACAGCCGGGGCGCGACGGUCAAGUCGGACCCGAGGAUGAAGGUGCUUCGUUCAGGCGAGCUAGUAAUCUCGCCUCUCUUGUGGAGCGACAUGGGCGAGUUCACUUGCCACGCGUCAAACGCCUUCGGGAGCCAGCUCACUACUACUUUCGUGUACCCUGCGAGUGUCAGUAGGGUGAAUAAAGUAAAGCAGUAGACAAACAAACAAACGAAGCGUCGUAUACUUAACGUGAUGUUCCUGUAGUUAAGUACUUGUUUUCUUAGUACGCGAGCGGACUAAACGGACCUUCAUUUCACCCCUUUGAAUUCCACAAUAAAAUAACGUGCCAUCAUCAAUAUUAGAGUCAGACUAAGAUAAUAUUUUAAAGGUCAAAGUUCUAUGAAAUUAUGACGUUUACUUAACACUUGCACAGACUGGCCUAUCAAAAUCGCUGGCAACUUAGCUUGGUCUGACUUUAUCACUCUGGAAUGCACGAAAUCAAUAUUAAACUCCAAACGUUAAAGGUUUAAACCAUUUAAAUUUUCAAAGAAUGAAAUUAUUUAUAUUCUUCCUAAAAUUAUUUAUAAUUUAAACUAGGUGUAUUUUGCGAGCAAUUAAAUUGUGGUAGAGUUGAGUUUUCCUAACUGCCAUUAAAAAACCUGCUCGUGUUUAUAUUUCUAUUUAAUAUUUAAGCGUAUCAUUAUAUUUAAGGAAAUAAUGAUCGUCUUUAAAGAUGUGGGCUAUUAUCGCUGAGAUUGUAAAUUUCGAGCAACUAUCUCUGUCACUCUGAUUACGCUUUAAUUGGAGUAUAGAUCGUGUCAUUCACGAAGACGCAUGGCUUGAAUCGUAUUGCCAUGUUAUUAAGGUCAGAUUUGACAUAUCUGCGCGUCCACGUGGAUGACACAUACUAUAGGGAGCGUGCAUGAACUGUAGGAGGCAGCACAGGAGCCGUCAGAUUUUUGGCGCGAGGCGUAAAUGUGAUGUUUAUUGUUCCGAUGUAGCCCACAAGAUGGCAGAACCUACUAUGCACAAGAAAACACGUGACGUGUAAAUGUACAUGUUUAUGGUUCCGAUUCAGGCCACAAGAUGGCAGACCCUCCAACGCGCACGGUCCCUAUAAAAGAGAUAAUGCCCGUCUGCGAAGUUCGGUGUUCACGGUAAGCUCUGUACAAAUCAAAUUAUACAGAGAAUUCUAUAAACGUAUAAUGACGGCUGGACCGUAAUAUACCAAUUAUUAGAUCGCUCGCGUAUUUUUAAAAUCGAAUCUGCCUAUUUUUUCUUAAUUGUUGUAUUUAAAGAAGCCUUUUGUUUACGCGAUUUACUUUAUAAGUUCACUGAAAAAAAUAUGAUCUAUCGAGCAUACGUUAAAGUGAUUUUCAUUAAGAUUAACUAUCAUACAAUAUCAACUAAUGUUGGUAAAACAGUAAAAUACAAAACAGGAACGUUAACUGUUUAAGCAUUUCUAAGUAUUGAAAAAAAAACGAACAGUCACUACUAUUUUAGCUACUGAAUACAGUAAAAUUUACUCUCUUUCGGAACAGUAAAAUUUACUGUCUUUUCGGAACAGUAAAAUUUACUGUUUUGUUCGAUAAGCUCAUAUCGAACAGUUUAAAGCAUUAAACGUUAAUGCAACUUCAAUUGUUUUUCAUGUUUUUUUUCUCAGUUUAAUGUAUAUUGUUAUUGCAUCUUAAUUUUGCCUUUAUUAACGAUAUUGUUAUAACAAUUGGCGAAGAAAGUACUUUUAAUACCAUAUUAUGUAAAAAAUCAAGAAAGUGCUUCUAUCUUUUAAAGAUAGAUUUGCACAAUUCUUUGAUUUUAUUCGUCUCGAAUGUAUAUACUAGCGCCAUCUGUCGUGGAGUAGCAAAAAACUGAGAAGUUUGUUUCCUUCUACGUGUCACUAGAUGGCAGGAAUAAACAAAUUUGAAUUGUUUUUAAUGUAAAUAAUGUCGUGAACAAGAGGUGUUAAAUAAAAAUAAAAAUCUUAAUAAAUAAACCAUUAUUGUGUAAUAGUGUGUUACUGUAUUAUUUAAUUAUGAUUAUAAACUAUUAUAAUAAAACUGUGAUGAAAAUAGAUGGAUAUAAAUAAAAUAACGAUCAACUUACAGAA